UGUGUGUGUGUGUGUGUGUGUGUGUGUGUGUGUGUGUGUGUGUGUGUGUGUGUGUGUGUGUGUGUGUGUGUGUGUGUGUGUGUGUGUGUGUGUGUGUGUGGGGUGUGCUAGGGAUAUGCGUAGUCGAAUCGGCUGAACUGUAGGGGUGUUAACAGGAAGAUCACCGUGUUGUUGGAAGGAUAGCUGUGUGUGUGUGUGUGUGUGUGUGUGUGUGUGUGUGUGUGUGUGUGUGUGUGUGUGUAUGUAUAUGUGUGUGUGUGUGUGUGUGUGUGGGGUGUGCUAGGGAUAUGCGUAGUCGAAUCGGCUGAACUGUAGGGGUGUUAACAGGAAGAUCACCGUGUUGUUGGAAGGAUAGCUGUGUGUGUGUGUGUGUGUGUGUGUGUGUGUGUGUGUGUGUGUGUGUGUGUGUGUGUGUGUGUGUGUGUGUGUGUGUGAGAGAGUGUGUCAACAGAUGUUUCAUGGGCUAUGAUUCUAUUAACAAUAUGUGGACAGCAGUAGUAUUAUAUGAUACAAUUCUUAUAACAGAUGUGUUUGUACAUAGUGUAGGAUAAAAGUGUAAUUCAAUGCCUUUGAACAAUGAGGGGUUGUAUAAUUCGGUGCCUUAAUGUCUGUGGAGAAGCAACGCCUCUAUUGUUACACAUAUGUCUGACGACCAUGGCACCCCCCGGCUCCAUGUUGAUUAUGGGGGAGCUGUCUAUGGAAGACACAGGCUGUUUGAUGGCUCCCUGGUACUAUACAGAGUGAUUUGAUGUGUGUGUGUGUGUGUGUGUGUGUGUGUGUGUGUGUGUGUGUGUGUGUGUGUGUGUGUGUGUGUGUGUGUGUGUGUGUGUGUGUGUGUGUGUGUGUGUGUGUGUGUGUGUGUGUGUGUGUGAGAGACGUAAUAAUGUGCUUUUUAUAUUCUAUCCCACUAUAUUACGAAAACCGACUUUGGUUCACAUUGACAAUAUAUUAGGUGAUAUCAUGAUACUAUUAAGAUAGUUUAGUAAUUUUUCAUCCGUAUUUGGAUCAACUUUAUUUUACCAUUAGUAUAAGGUCUGUCUAUGAUGCGUUGAGUGGGCGUAGGCCUGUAGGACCUACGUGUGCGUGGGUCCAGUACCUAUUGGACAGGCGUCUAUGACGUCGGGGGCUUAGGUGCGAAUGAUGUAGAUAGGGCGUCUUUCAGGCAUAAAUAUACGGGGUCCCGUGAUACGGGAGCGUACGACCUCCGACCCAGACGUUAGCCACACUAUUCUAAGUUAGUAAACGCGUCGCAGCAGCUGGAAGAAAAAAAAAAAAACAUCGAUCCGUCCUGCACAACUAUGCCGACUGACUCGAAUUGCGGUGCCGGAGGCGAGAGCGUGAAACAGCAGCAGGGUCCACGUGGAAAUUUGCAGGAUAUUCGGCUCAACAGACCGAUUCUAGCAGACCAGACUAAUGUGCUGACAAGCGGUAGUUUUGUACCUAUCGAGGCCAAUGUCAUUCAGCGCCCCUCCGGAACAAAUCGACUGGCCAAGAAGAAGAAUUUGAAAAGAUCGGCGGGAAUAGGCGGGGCUAUACCCUGCUCACCGCAGGCCAUAGAACAGCUACAAAUUCCUUAUAAAAAGGCCCGCAAGGACGCCACCCACGGCGGUCUAGCUCCGGAGAAUUUUACCCAUGUUAUUCAGGCCGUUAUAAAUCCGCAAAUCGCGCCACAUGGAGCGGCAUGGACUGAUUCCAACCACCAAGUGAUUGCGGACGUGGAGGUGCGUGUGUCGGCGGCGCCUACAGAGACAGUCGCCGUGCAACCGGAUGGGACUAUACAACACGUCUAUGGAGAUCCCCAGUGUGCGCCACCAGCAGGGCUGACCGUCAAUGAUUGGCCUGGUCUUGACGACAUCCUGGACGCGUCCUGGAAUUCAUCGCUGCUGGAACAUAGCGACUUCACUCCAGCUCUGUGGGUCGACUCUCCAGCUACAUCCGUAGAGGCUACCACCAGUGCAGAGCCUGUACAACACCACCAGCCUGCAGGCCCUGCAUCUGGAUCCCUACACGCCAUUCAAGCCCCUAUCUGCGACUCUCCGUGUAUCGUGAGUCCCAUCGCUCAUGAGGUAGCGGUGCUGCGGCUACCAGCCGGUCCCGCAAUUGCUGAUGGUGAAUACUGGGCUGUGCCGCAAGAUGCUAAAUGGCGUAAAGAAUUUGCUGAUAAAUUAGCCGUGUUAACUGCAACGGUGGCUGUAAACUCCUCAGCCAUUGAUCGUCAGAUUAAACGUGGUGACAGUAGAUAUCAGGCUCUCGAAGAGCAGACGAAGCAGUCCUUCAGCGCUAUCAGGCUCGAAAAUGCGCGUGAUCGGAUGAUUGCUAAAUCCCCAAACACUGAAACCAGUAAUGGACUUGCAAUUGUGGACCUUCAACGUAAGCAUUUUGCGGCCGCGGUAGCUGUGCGAGGCAACACGCAGGGCAUAGCGAAAAUUAGCUCAGUAGAGGCGUUAAGAGCUUCUAAAACCGCUCGAAAAUUAUGGUUAAUGGAAUCUACUUGCAAAGCUAACCUGGAUGCCUAUAGGGCAUUGUGUACCGAGAUGUCUGUGAUGAGUGACACAGUAGCAAAGCUCUCGUUGAAUGCUAUUAUUUGAUUUGUGUUUUUGUUUUUUCUUUUAUCUUGUGGAGAGGGUAUUUUUUUUUUGUUUUAAACUGCAUGUAAUAAAACUUUUUUUUCAUUUAAUACCUGACU